ACCUUAAUAUAUAAAGAAAUUUCCCUGGCGCUGAGCGUCAGUGUCGCACCAACUUGCAUGGGCUGUACUCUCUCUGGCCUUGCUCUAAAUAAACCACACAGCAACGCCAACACCACCGAGAUGGAGAUCAAGGUCCAGGAGCUAGAGGACAUCGCUAACAAGCUGAGGGUGUUGUCCAUAAAGAGCACCCAGGCCUCCAACUCUGGACAUCCAACAUCAUGUGCGUCCAUGGCAGAAGUUAUGUCAGUGCUGUUCUUCCAUACUAUGAGAUACAAGCGUUGUAGCCCCCGGGAUGCCAGCUCUGACCGCUUCAUCCUCUCUAAAGGACAUGCAGCUCCCAUACUAUAUGCUGCCUGGGCCGAGGUAGGACUCUUCGCACAAAAGGAUCUGCUGAACCUACGUAAAAUAGACAAUGAUCUUGAAGGUCACCCAACUCCAAGACUGAAUUUUGUAGAUGUAGCAACAGGUUCCCUUGGGCAAGGUCUGUCUGUGGCAUGUGGUAUGGCAUAUGUUGGAAAGUACUUCGAUAAGGCUUCAUACAGAACUUACUGCCUUAUUGGUGAUGGCGAGAGUGCAGAGGGCAGCAUCUGGGAGGCUUUGAGUUUUGCAGGAAUAAAAAAAUUAGACAACCUAGUGGCAAUCUUCGACAUUAACCGCUUAGGCCAGUCAGAACCAACUGCUUUCCAGCAUGAUAUGGACAUUUACCGUACUAGGUUGGAAAGCUUUGGCUUUAAUGCUCUUGUAGUAGAUGGACAUGAUGUGGAGGCACUCUGCAAGGCUUUCCAUGAAGCUUCUCAGACCAAAGAUAAGCCUACUGCUAUUCUUGCAAAAACCUACAAGGGUCGAGGCUUUCCCAGCAUCGAGGAUGAAGAGAACUGGCAUGGAAAACCCUUGGGAUCAAAGGCAGAAGCAGUUAUUGAACAUAUUGAAAGUCAGAUAAAGAAUUCAGGACCUAACACCUUGGUGCCACAGAAGCCCCUACAUGAGGAUGCUCCUGAGGUGGACAUCUCUAACAUAAAAUUAUCUUCACCACCAAAUUAUGAGAAAGGUAAAGAAGUAGCGACAAGACAAGCUUAUGGCACAGCCCUUUCAAAGUUGGCAGAAAAUAAUCCUAGAGUAAUUGCCCUUGACGGAGACACGAAGAAUUCUACCUUCUCUAAUGCUAUGCUGAAAACUGAUGCUGACAGAUACAUAGAAUGCUUCAUUGCAGAACAAAACUUGGUGGGUGUUGGUAUUGGAGCAACAUGCCGUGACAGAACUGUGGCUUUUGUCUCCACUUUUGCUGCUUUCUUUACCCGUGCCUUUGAUCAGUUACGCAUGGGAGCUAUUUCUCAGACCAACUUAAAUUGUGUAGGAUCCCAUGCCGGGAUCAGUAUUGGUGAAGAUGGCCCCAGCCAGAUGGCACUAGAAGAUAUAGCAAUGUUCCGCUCCAUCCCAACUGCCACGGUGUUCUACCCUUCUGAUGCUGUAUCUACAGAACGUGCAUGUGAACUAGCAGCAAACACUAAAGGCAUUUGCUUCAUCCGUACUUCUCGUCCAGGGACUGCAGUUGUCUAUGAUAAUGAUCAUGAAUUUGAGAUUGGCAAAGCUAAUGUAAUAAAGUCGUCUGACAAGGAUCAAAUCCUGGUAAUAGGUGCAGGAAUAACAUUGAAGACGGCACUGAAAGCUGCUGAAAGUUUGAGUGGCGAAGAUAUCAACGUGCGUGUCGUGGAUCUCUUUACUAUAAAGCCUAUCGACAAGGAUGGAAUUAUUAAAAAUGCAAGAGACUGUGGUGGCCGCAUCAUUGUUGUAGAGGAUCAUUACGCUGAAGGUGGCAUUGGUGAAGCAGUGAUGUCUGCAGUUGCCUUGGAGCGCGACAUAAUCGUCCGUCACCUGGCUGUUCCUCGUGUACCACGCUCUGGAAAGUGUGACGAAUUAUUGGAUAUGUUUGGUAUUUCUGCUUCAGCAAUAAUCAAAGCUGCUAAAGAGAUAAAGAAUCUGUAGACCUAAACUGCAACAUAUAUUAAUCUUCCAAAGAACUGUUCACUCAAUGUUUCAAGAGCUUUGGUAAAUUGUAAAGCUGGCAAUUUAAUCAUCUCAUAUUUAUUGUACCUGUGAUUAAACCAAAUACUGUCAGGGGGCCAGAGAGCAUUCCAGCAAAUUAAUAUACUUUCCAGUACAUUCCAGUAAUGGACCAGAUAAUGAAGUCAUGUUUUGAUCCCUAUACACUACUUUAGUAAUCCAUUUAAAGUUGAGUGAUACAGUAGUCUGAAGUGGUUAACUUAAUGUAAUAAAAUGUCACUUGUGAUAAAUAGUUUAUGGAAAGACUUUUCCUGUGUAAAUUGGUUCUAUAUUUGGAUAAGUUUUCUUUUAAAAUUAUUGUAUUUGCUUUUGAAAAUUCCUUGCCAAAAAUCUAAAUAGUUGUAAUAAAGAAGUGUAUAUAUUAUAUAAA